UCUCCCUGCCCGGAGGUCACACGGGGGAGCGGGACUUAACCCUAAUCCCGAGUCCCCGGGCGCUGCGCUUUGGGUGCGGAGCAGGCGCUGCCCGGGGAAGAGCCCGUGGGGGGCCCCAGGCGAUGGGUCGCUCCUGAGCCGCUAGCAGCCGGGAAGAGGGGCUGGGCUGGGCUGGGCCGGCUGGCGGGGGGCUCGCGGAUCUCCCGGGGACCCCCCAUGAGCGCCCCCGAGCGCGCAGCGGACGCCGAGCUGAAGCUGGAGGCGGUGAUCCAGAAGCUGGAGAGCAGCGUGCUGACCUCAGGGGAGGGGAAGAGUCUUACCAUUCGGGGCAGCUCUGAGGACGCGCCCCCCACCCGCCUGCCCGCCCGGAUCCGAGAGAUCGUCGCCGAGAACCUGUCGGAGCAGGAGAGCCCAGCAGCCUGCCCUGGGGAGAUGUCGUCGCUCCUCUCCCUCCAGGAGGAGAACCGCCUCCUGCAGCAGGAGCUGUCCCGUGUCGAGGACCUGCUGGCGCAGAGCCGGGCCGAGCGCGAUGAGUUGGCCAUCAAAUACAACGCCAUCAGCGAGAGGCUGGAGCAGGCCCUGCGCCUGGAGACUGGGGAGCGAGAGCGGGAGUCGCUGGAGAACAAGAGCCUGGCCCAGCAGAACAUCGAGCUGCGGCGCCGCCUGGAGGAGGAACAGGCCGCCUACAAACGCAAGCUCCAGGCCUACCAGGAGGGCCAGCAGCGGCAGGCGCAGCUCGUGCAGAAGUUGCAGGCGAAGCUCGAGCAGGCACACCUGAGCUAG